CGCAUGUUCAGAGCCAAACUUGUAUAAGAGCAAUGUUUUACAGUGCAUGCUGAUCAGGCUCAGUUUUUACACACACAGAGAGAGAGAGAGAGAGAGAGAGAGAGAGAGAGAUGGAAGGUGGUGAAUGCGCAUGGCAAUGGCAGAAUGGGAAGGAGAUGGUUUGGCCUGUGGCAGCCAUUGUUGUGAGCUUGAUGGUGCUGAUGAUAUGGGAGAAGCUAUGGUUGAAGCCUCAAAGAAUCAGAUCAGUUCUGCAGAAGCAAGGCAUCAGAGGACCAACACCUUCGUUCCCUUUGGGAAACCUCUCAGAGAUAAAACGUAUCCAAUCACAGUUCUCCACUAAUAAUCUCUCCUCUUCAUCACAACCUGAACAAUGGUUUCACUCUCUCUUCCCAUUUCUCCAACAUUGGAGAAAACAAUAUGGUGCGACAUUCAUGUACUCCACUGGACAUAGGCAGCAUUUAUAUGUGGGAGAUCCAAAAUUGCUGAAAGAACUGAACCGGAUCAAGACUUGGGAUCUUGGUAGGCCUACCUAUAUUUCCAAGCCUUUAAAGCCGUUGUUGGGUUCCGGCAUUUUCAGAGUUAAUGGACCACACUGGUCUUUCCAAAGGAACCUUGUUGCUCCUCAGUUUUACCUCUCCAAGAUUCAGAACAUGGUGGAUUUUAUGGAGGAUUCUACCAAGGAAAUCAUGAGGAAAUGGGAACGGAUUAUAGAAAAAAGUGGGGGGAAAAUGGCAGAGAUUGUGAUUGACAAUGAUAUGAAGGAACUCACUGCUGAUAUCAUUUCCAAGGCUUGUUUUGGUGGGUCUUAUGCUUUGGGCAAUCAGAUUUUUGCUAAACUGACUACAUUGCAAAACGCUCUUGGCAAACUCAGUGUUCUUUUCGGAUUUUUAUACCUCAGAAUUUUUCCCACCAAGGAGAACAAAGAGGUAUGGAGGUUGGAGAAGGAGAUAGAACAAUUGAUUUUGAAAGUUGUUGAUCAUCAUAAGUUACAAAACCAAAGCCGUAUUGAUCAGAAUAAUCAGAAGGACCUACUUCAAGUAAUUCUUGAGAAUACAGCUAAUGGGGCUGAUGAAAAUGAUAGCAGUGGUGCAUGGGGAAUGUGGAAGAAGCUCAAGCAUAAGCAUGAGACCCAGAAACUGAUUGUGGAUAUAUGCAAGAACAUCUACUUUGCAGGCUCUGACACCACUGCUCUUUUACUCACUUGGAUACUUGUUCAGCUCUCCUUGCACCCUCAUUGGCAAGAUUGUCUUCGAGCUGAAAUUUUUGAAACCUUCCCCAACAUGUCGUCUCACGACUUCCAUGAUGUGGACAAAUUUCGAAAGAUGAAACAGCUGUCAAUGGUGAUUCAGGAGAGUCUGCGUCUUUAUGGGCCAGGAAUAACAACUUCAAGGGAGGCACUGGAAGAGUUGAAGGUGGGGGACAUGGUGGUGCCAAAAGGAACCAACAUUUUGGUGUUCAUAACUGCGAUGCACAGAGACACAGAGAUAUGGGGAGAAGAUGCUAAUGAGUUCAAGCCAGAGAGGUUUGAGAGAGGCGUCUCAGAGGCUUGUAAGUAUCCACAAGCUUACUUACCAUUUGGACUUGGAAGUCGAAUCUGUGCAGGCCAGAACUUUGCCCUUAUAGAAGCCAAGAUUGCUCUCAUUCUUCUUCUCUCAAAAUUCUCCUUCUCAGUCUCACCUAAUUAUCGCCACUGUCCUUUCUACAAGCUGGUCUUGUUUCCUAAAUAUGGAGCACCUCUCAUGGUUACCAAGCUCUAAUAAGUAUUGGCUAUCUGUAUGAAGUGGUGAUCACAAUAUAUUAACUCUUUUGUGUCAUGUUGCUUUCAUUUUUUUUUCCCUUGAGAAUGA